AUGGUAAAUUCGGACUCAAUGAUAGAUGAGAACCUCGAUGGUGUAGUACUACUCAUGAAGAGCACAUUGUGCCUCUGGAAAUUCAGGCACGGCAAGACAGAGCUCGCUCAUCGUGUCCAUCGUUUCUUCAGGAACAACAAGGCGCGAGCAAAGUUAUUCCAACACUCGAUACUCUUUUUGUGUCGAAUAUACUACGCUGUGGAGAUCUGUGUAGAAGCAGCGCGAAUGCUACCGAACCUACAGUCAAUACUCUUCAUACCUGUGCCGUAUCACAGGCAGGAGGGAGAGGCACCAGGAGACGUUGAAACAGUCUCAUCACAGGUCGUCACGCACUCUCUAGAGAGAUUGAAUGUUCCUACAGCUGGUAUCCCAGCCCGGUAUCUCAACCAGCUUUGUACGAAGCUUUAUGCCAUCCGUGCGGAGAGGAAGCAAACUCAUGUCAUCCAUGCUGAGAUCCAGGCAUUAUAUCACAUGCACGCUGUGUUUCCCGAUGACAGUGAGGACUACAUCGUCCACAAGUAUGUCGGCUGCAGCAGGCGGUGUUGCUUCUUGUGCAGCGUGUUAAUAAGACGUACCGUCCCGGAAAUGCGACUUCGCGGCUCCCACAACGCUGUUCUACACCGCUGGGAACCACAUCGAUUUUACCCUUCCAGCUUCCGGGACAAGUUUGAGAACGGAAUCAAGGAUCUGAUUCAAUGCCUGACGGCAGUUCUUCGACGCAUAUUCGCAACGGACUCAUAUCGACAGGAACCAAACCAGGCUCAGUCGUCCCAUGGCCUCCCGUCUACAACCGCCAUUCUCGACCGAGAGCGUACCAAGAUGGUGCCUUCGCGUCUUGAAACAAAGCGCAUCAUGAUGCAAAUGCAGAGUGCGGUAGAUGAUGAAGUCUCCUACACCGUGGCUGGACAAAAGCCUGGCCGUGCCAUUAUGAUGGGAGGACGGUACCAAUUAGAGGAAAAAUCACUGACUGAAGCUGAGCAAAUUCGCGACAAUUUUGUCAGGGGAAAAGACGGGUUUGAGCCUCCGACCGUGAUUCCUCAAGCUGAACCAUACCGCCCAAAAACAUGUACAAUCUGUAAGCGGAAAAUGGCAUUGUCCCGCUGCUCAGCCUGUCGCAAGAGCUACUGCUCGAGAGCUUGCCAAAAGAGAGAUUGGAGAUGGCACGUAUUCAAGUGCAGGGUGAGAAACCGGCCAAACAGCAUCGACGCUUUGAGAUGGUUUAUUCAGAAGCAUGGACUGAAGAACAACAAAAGUGCGUUCUCGCCCAAGAUGGUACAGAGCCUCUUUGCUGACGAUGAGCUAUGUUACACAUUUGGGUUCUGUUUAUGCUGGACUGAGCCCUCUGUUCGUCGUCUGAUGAUGAUUUACAAGCUUGCCAUGCAAGCACAUCGACCUAGACAACUACAAUUCUGGUUGGACGAGGGUUCACUGCACCAACAUAUGCAUGAACAGCUUGCCACCAUCAGCCCUACUGGUCAAAGCCUAGAAAUGAAGGAUGCGAUUGCUUGGUAUUUGGACGAAGCAACAUGUCGCCACUUUCAGCAAAUGCCUAAACUCGGGUGUUAUCUUCACCAGAGUGUUGCCGUACACCUCACCAAAGCCCUCUUCAACCUUCCUGAGGACCACGGGGAAUGGGCAGAACUGCCACCAAAGCAGGCGAUGGUUGCUCACUUGUACGUUAAACUAGUGAAGCUAUUCGAUAACAUACCGAAUCCAUUGGACCAGGACUGUAUGUAUUUCGGAUUCUGCCACUGCCAGAACGAUCAACAGAGAACAGCCCUACGCCAAGCGUACCUAGAUUUGGGUGGCAAAAGAGCCGUCACUCUAAGCUCCAUCGCAGAACACUCAGGCUCUGCAGCACUCACAGAGUUCAUGUCAGAAAAUGGUGUAGACAUGUCUGAUCUCAUACGUCAGGGUAUCCAUCCUCACCCUCCAGCGCCGGAGCAUGUAGGUGUCUACCGCUUCAUAUCUGAAGUGCACCACGCACUUUCCGGCACGUGGUGUUCCUGCUUUCAACAAAACCCUCCAGUGAAUAGGUGUUCCUGCUUGCGAAGUGAACCACAGCUCUCCGCAGAAUCGGAGUACACGUACGGCUUUCACGGUACGGUGCCAUGGGAGCGCUGGCAGCUUCUCAACUUCUAUUUGGCAGCACUCUCAGUUCCGUCGUUUUGCCCACAGGAUUUGCAGGCGGCUCUGGACGAUCAGGGAAAUGCGGCACUAGAGAGAUAUCUGGAUACUUUGAUGCCGGAUUUUAGAAGAAACCUCUACCGCAAGUACCGCACAAGCCUGUGCUUCCCGGGACUGGGAAUGAGACUGCUUGAUAGACACACCCGACUUCCAAUUCAUAUCGUCGACUAUUCGGUUUGCCAUGAUGUUUCUCGACCUGACGGGCUUUGUAAUGCCAUGUAUCUGCCGGCUUUGGAUUUGAGGAUAGAAGUGACGUACAGCGAUUAG